AGAAGAUUAUUGUGAAAUAUAAUAAAUAGGAAAAUACACAAUAGAACUUGAAACAGUCUUGGUUCAGAUAAUUAACAAAGUACGCAAAUAAAAAUGAAAACACAAUUAUCUGAAUUAUUCAUUAUAAUGGUGUUAACUAUUUUGAUCUUAUCAUUGGUUAACGUAUAUAGUUUAUCUGAAGAACAAAAUCCUCAUAAACAGCUCUAUGAUCCACUUUAUGAAUACAGUGACUACAUCAAUCGGGCAAUAAUUCCAAACAAACGUUAUAUUAGAUUUGGAAAACGUGGAGCUGAUGAUGUUAUUAGUUACGGUGGUAUUCCAGCAUUAACACGGCAUAAAACCUACUCUAUAUAUGAUCUCUUAAAAGAAAGACAAUAGAAUUAAUAAUUAAUGCGUUUUUGUUUCUUUUUUCUAUUAAAAGAAUAAAAGAGUUUUAUUAAGAAGACAAGACAAAAUCUGUGUCAAUAUUUCACUUUCUGAACUAAUUGUGACUUAUACUUUUCUAAUAAAAAAAUACUACUGAACAUCAUAUACAUGA